UCGUUCGUGAUCUCACUACAGAGAUAUUUAACCAACACAAAUAUAAACACUAUCCAUACACCUCGUACGUUACCUAACCCAACUUAUUUUGGACUCGAAGGUUGGUGCCGUAAAGUUCUCAUGAUAUAGCUGUUGUGACCAAGAGGCCACGGUUCAUCAUCGCAGAGUUGGCCUCGAAUUCGCCUUUCGGCUGCACUGAGAAUCAUGACGUCUCAACACUCUUCAAUUUGCGAAGCGCUAGAGGAGAAAAUAACACCAAAGAAAAUGCGUUGCUUGGUGCGAGAGUUUGGUUCCCUGCCGUCAGCCAACAGGGCCUUGGUCUGGAGGUUCCUCCUGAGGACGCCCCAAAACCACGCCAGUUUCUGUGCCUUGGUGUCUCAAGCGCUGGAAUUGGACCUUCCAGAUGAGUGGGUCAGGUGGACAAAGAAACAAAAUCUCAGACCGUUCACCGAGUCUCAAUUCACCAGAGCCUUAAAAUGGUUAAUGGCGUGGAGUCCGGAACUGACAUGUUUGGACUUCCUGCCCCAGUUUGUCCUGCAAUUCGCUUCAGUCCUUGGUGGUGACCCGAUCUCGAGUUUUGAAGUUAUAGUCACAGCCAUCAGGAACUGGGGCUGCUUGUGGUUGGAAAUGUGUUCAGAGCCGCCGUUUCAAAUCAUGACCCUGAUAGAACAGUUGCUACAGAGGUUUGGUCCUGGUGCCUUAGAAAUUUUGAAAAAGAAUUCCGUCAGCAUUGUCUCCUACGCCUGGCCGCUUUUCGACACGGGCUUUGCAGCAGUGCUGCAAGAGAAAGACUGGCGACAACUGUGGGACCACCUGAUCUGCAACAGAGUGGCGUUGUACGUGUCUGCGGCGGUCGCGUUCGUCUGCUGCACAGAACCUCUUCUCAGACACACAUCAGAUCGCUCACUCAACAUUAAAGGCCUGUUCCUGGAAAAGCAGGAGGUCGACAUGAAAGCAUUCCUCCGUAAGAGCUACGAGAUCUACGACUCGGUCACCAACUGGCCUCCCAUGCUGACGAGUGAGAUGGUCGUAUUGCCUUCGGGAAAAUAUCCUAGUCUUGAGCAGUUCAUGAACACGAAGCCUGAAACUCGCAAACAUUCUCCAAAAGACAGCAAAGACUGCGAACCAUGUGAAGAGACUGACCUGUUUACUGCUGUGGAAACUAAAGACGAUUGUACAGAUGAAAUCUUGAGUGCCUUGAUGUUCAGUCAUAAAAUUCGAGAUGCUGUUGACAGCUGGAAAGGCGCUGCGAUAGGCGCUGUUGGAUUGGAGCCAGGAUUAAUGUCUAAGAAAUAGGUGCCAGAAAUUAGAUUGCAUCAUCUCCGCUUUUAGUAUUUAAUCCUAUAAAUUCCCUGUUGAAAAGUAAAAUUUCCAUUAUUCACAUGAUUUGCCUAUUUGGGCAUGCUUAUCUGCCAUUUCUGAUUCAGCCAUGCUACGCAAAACCAAACUGACUGAUAAUCAAUCUGGACUGCGGUCUAAAAUUUGAACAUAAUAUAAAUGUUACGUAAUGAAAAAUUCAUAUUUUGUAUCGCUUGGAAAGACCUGCAAACUGUUUCGUAAAUCUGAAAUAUUUUAUAUUUGGAAUAGACAAUAAAAAGAUAUUUCAAACCAAA